CUCUGCUGAUUAUCAAUCCCAAGAGAGCUCUUCCUUUUCUACACACCACCUCCAGCGAGAAGAACAGUGAGUGCUAAGGGGCAGCAGUGGAGGGUUUCUGAGCAUGGAUCCCACCAUCCCUGGCUGGGCGAGCGCACUCACACCAAUGAACGGAAGCGACCAGGCCCUUCCACAGACUUUCAUUGUGGAGUUCCUGAUCCCGACCUUGCUGAUCCUCAUACCUGCCCUGGGUGGCCUGGCAGGAAACGCGGUUGUGCUCUGGCUCCUGGGCUUCCGCCUGAGAAGGAACGCCUUCUCCGUUUACAUCCUUAACCUGGCAGGGGCCGACUUCCUCUUCCUGUCCUUCCAGACGGCAUUUGCCCUGGAGGAACUCAUCAGCCCCUUCCACUCCAUCUCCAGGUGCAUCCCCAGCUUUGCCUUCCCUGUGCUGACCUUCGCCUACCUCGCGAGCCUGAGCAUCCUCAGCGCCAUUAGCGUGGAGCGCUGCGUGUCAGUCCUGUGGCCCAUCUGGUACCGCUGCCACCGCCCCAGACACACAUCAGCUAUCAUGUGUGCCCUGCUCUGGGCCCUGUCCCUGCUGCUGAGCCUCCUGGAAGGGAAGUACUGUGGCCUCCUGUUUAGGGAUUUUGACCUUGAUUGGUGUCUGGUGUUUGAUUUCAUCACUGCGGCAUGGCUGAUCUUCUUAUUUGUGCUUCUCUCUGGGUCCAGCCUGGCCCUGAUGGUCAGACUGCUGUGCGGCUCCCAGCGGAUGCGGCUGACCAGGCUGUAUGUGACCGUGGUGCUCACAGUGUUGGCCUUCCUCCUCUGCGGCCUGCCCUUUGGAAUCCAUUGGUUCCUCUUGAUCUGGGUUCAGAAUGGCUUGGAUGAACUAUAUGAUCUGGUUGUAACUGUCCUGUCCUGUGUCAGUAGCUGUGCCAACCCCAUCAUUUACUUCUUCGUUGGCUCCUUCAGGCAGCGGUGGCCAAAGAAGCACAAAACCCUCCAGCUGCUUCUCCAGAGGGCUCUGCAGGACGCAUCAGAGGUGGAUGAAAGUCAGGCCGGCCUUCCUCAGAAAAGCCAGGAGCUGUCAGGAAGCAGCCUGCUAUGCUGACUCAGAGUCUCUGCUUCAGUCAGACAGAUGUGGCUUUGAGAGCUAGCAUUGUCCCUGUCAUUUUGGGGGAUUUUCUUAACUUCUCUCAGCCCCUGGGCCUCUGAUCUUAAAACAGUUAAGAUAAUAAUCCUCAUGAAGAUUAAGCGAGGCAGGGCCCGUUACACAAACACGGAGUGCAGUGUGUCAAGGACUGCUUGCUUGCCCAGGGCCUUCACCUGUCGCUAGGUGAACUUUGCAAACUCUGGGCUCCACUUUUGAAGAUUCACUUUCAGCACAGGCUGCAAGUAGUGCGAAAGGCCUAAAUUUGGUCACUGCGCUUGGCAGGGACUAAAAGAUCAUUUCACUUUUGACAAGACUCUGUGGUCACUUUCCUACUAUCUGUCUCAGUAAAAUUAAAAGAAUUAAAGUCCAAUCUAGCCCCAAAGAGCAGUCUUCUUUGAUUUUGGCAGGCCUUAAAAUAUCUCCCUAGCUUAAUAAAUGUUUAUUGGAGAAAUGACUUAAUGAAUGAAUAGAUUAAUUUUUAAGGCAAGCCUGUGUGCUAAAUCUCCAUUUGCUAAAUUUGAAUCACCGUCUUUAAGUUUAUUGUUUUCCCCAUCUUCCACUUUUGCAAGGAUGAAGUUACAUUUUAUAACCAGAUUAAUCAACAUCAAAUCUCACUUAAAGUUGGAGGUAAGUUAUCCUCCUGUGGGCCUUUCACGCCCUCCAGGGGAAUCCCACUGCCCCCCAGGCAGUCCCAUGCCUUUGACUUUGCCCUGACCCUCCCUCUCUGGGGAUCGCUGAUCCUUCCUGGAAGGUUUCUGGUGGGUCUUUUUAGACUCUAUGUUCUCUGAGGACAGGAUCUAUGUCAGACUGGCCUUUUAUUCCAAAAAGCUCACAACAUUUAUUUUUUUAAUCUGAUUACAGAAAGAGAUUUUUUAACUUGCAUGUUCUAUAAAAAUAAUAUAUUAAGUUUAAAUGUUGCCUCUUGGAAUCAUUUUUUUGAUUGAGGUACAAUUAGGAGAGAGUGAUUGCACAGAUCAUAAGCAUGCAGUUCAAUGAGUUUUGGCAAUGAUACACCCAUGUGACUCAAAGUUCCAUCAAGGCAUAAUACAUUUUCCUCACCUCUGAAUGUUCCCUCAUGUCCCUCCCAGACAUUCCUUGUGACCCAGAGGCAACUAUUGUUCCUACUUCUGACACCAAAGAUUAGCUUUGCUUAACCUCUGACUUUAUACAUUUAGGAUGAUACAAUGUAUUUUUUUUGUUCCUAUCUUCUUUUACUCAGCAAAAUAUUUGGGGGAUUUACUUGUGUCAUUGCAUUGCAUGUAUCAGUCCUGUGUCCCUUUUAUAAAGCUGUGUACUCUUUCACUGUGUGGUGGUACCACAGUUUAGUGUGCAUAAUAUUCCAUUAUUGGCUAUUGUAAAUAAAGCUGCUCUGAACAUUUUUAUUCAAGUUCUUUUCUGGACCUAUGUUUUAAUUUCUCUUGGGUAAAUAACUUGAAGUGAAAUUGCUGGGUCAUGGGAAGAUGUAUGCUUAAUUCCAUGAGAAAUUGCCAAACUUUUUUCUAAAGGUGUUGUACUGUUUCGCAUUCCCACCAGCAAUGCAUGGAAGUUCCAGUUGCUCCACAAGCUCCCCAACCAGCAUGGUAUUGCUAGUCUUUUGAAUGUUAGCCAUUCUAAUGAGUGUAAAGUGGCUUCUCACUGUGUUUUAAUUUGCAUUUCCCAAGUGACUUAUAAAAUUGAGCAUCUUUUCAUGUGCUUAUUGGCUACUUGUAUUUUAUUUUAAGUGUGUGUUUGUGUUUUGCCCAUUUUUAUUAAGUGGUUCCCUUUGGUAUAAUGUAUUUUCAGGAGUUUUUAUAUGUAGUCAAUGAGUCUUUCAUUAGUUACGUAUAUUAUAAAUAUUUAUCCACAUGGUGGCUUGCCUAUUCAUUUUUCAUAGAUUUUGCAUUUCAGAGUACUUUUAGAUUUAUAGAAAAAUUGUACAGAAAGUACAGAGGGUUCUUGUAUACUCCUUGUCCCCAUCCCUACUCUCCCACACAGUCUAUCUUGUUACUGACACCUUCCAUUAAUGUGGUACAUUUAUCAAAAUUGAUGGACAAAUACUGAUACAUUAUUAUAAACUGGAGUCCAUAACUUACACUGCGGUUCACUUUGGGUCAUAAAGUUCAGUGAGUUUGACAAAUGCAGGAUAUCAUUCGUCUGUCACUAGAGUAUCAUAUUAAAUAGAAC